AUGAACGGCACAGAAGGACCAGACUUUUACGUUCCCAUGUCGAAUGAGAGCGGCGUGGUGCGCAGCCCUUAUGAAUACCCACAAUACUACUUGGCAUCUCCGUUUGCAUUCUACUGCAUGGCCGCGUACAUGCUGUUCCUCAUCGUAACCUGCAUUCCUGUCAACGGCCUCACUUUGUACGUGACCAUCGAAAACAAGAAGCUCCGGACGCCUCUGAACUACAUCCUUCUGAAUUUAGCGGUGGCUGACUUGUUUAUGGUGUUUGGUGGAUUUACAACGACCUUCUACACCUCCAUGCAUGGAUAUUUUGUCCUGGGACGAGCCGGAUGCAACUUAGAGGGUCUUUUCGCAACCGUUGGUGGUGAGAUUGCACUUUGGUCUUUGGUUGUUCUUGCUGUUGAGAGAUGGGUGGUUGUUUGCAAGCCUUUCACCAAAUUUCGCUUCUCGCAACUUCACGCUACUAUUGGAGUGGCCUUUUCUUGGUCAAUGGCCUGUUCGUGUGCCAUUCCUCCACUCCUAGGAUGGUCCCGGUACAUCCCCGAAGGCUUGCAGUGCUCUUGUGGAGUGGACUACUACACGCUGAAUCCUGAGACUGAGAACGAGUCGUUUGUCAUCUAUAUGUUCGUGGUUCAUUUCUCAAUCCCUCUCAUUAUCAUUUCUUUCUGCUACGGGCGUCUGCUUUGCACCGUGAAGGUUGCAGCUGCCCAGCAGCAAGAAUCGGAAACUACACAAAGGGCUGAGCGCGAAGUGACCCGAAUGGUGAUCCUCAUGGUUAUCGCAUUUUUAAUAUGUUGGCUCCCCUAUGCCAGCGUGGCCUGGUACAUCUUCACCCACCAGGGGAGUCAAUUCGGCCCGGUUUUAAUGACGGUCCCGGCUUUUUUCGCCAAGAGCUCAGCUCUCUACAACCCGCUCAUUUACGUCUUCAUGAAUAAGCAAUUCCGGCACUCUAUGAUGAUGACGGUGUGUUGUGGGAAGGAUCCAUUUCAGGAUGAGGAGGAAGGAAGCUCCAGUUCUAAGGCUAAGACUGAGACCUCGUCCGUCUCCUCCAGCUCUGCUUCUUCUGCCUGA